CAGGGACGGGAGUGUGGCGCCCGGGUCUUCUCGGCCUGCGCCCUCGCGCCAAGCGAUGCCACCACCAGGGACACGGAGGGACCCGACUGCUGGGGGCCCCGCGGCAGCUGCUGCGUUCCUCGGGGGCUCUGGUGGCCCCGUGACCCCUAGAAGCAGAGGAGGACGGCAGCUGGGAAAGGCAGAGGGGUGCCAUGGCACACACGCCCGGGGACACCUGCCAGGUCCCACACAGCAGCAAGGCCUGCCGCCGCCUCUUCGGCCCCGUGGACAGUGAGCAGCUGCGUCUGGACUGCGAGGCGCUCAUGGCCGGCUGCCUGCAGGAGGCCCGGCGGCGCUGGAACUUCGACUUUGUCACGGAGACGCCCCUGGAGGGCGACUUCGCCUGGGAGCGAGUGCGCGGCCUGGGGCUGCCCAAGCUCUACCUGAGCCCCGGGUCCUGUGGCGGCCGAGAUGACGCUGGAGGGGGCAGGCGGCCCGGCCCUUCACCUGCCCUGCUGCAGGGGACAGCGGCUCAGGAGGACGAGGUGGACCUGUCGCUGUCCUGCACCCUCGUACCCCGAUCCUGCGAGCAGCCCGAGGAGUCUCCGGGGGCGCCUGGAACCUCGCAGAGCCGAAAACGGCGGCAGACCAGCAUGACGGAUUUCUACCACUCCAAGCGCCGCCUGGUCUUCUGCAGGAGGAAGCCCUGACCUCUCGCCGGAAGCUUCGAGCUCCCAGAACCAGGGGAGCCCACCAGCCCCGACCACACUUGUACCUUCACCAUCCACUUUGUGCGUCUUAAUUAUUAUUCGUGUUUUAACUUAAGCUCCUCCUCAUGUACAUACCGGCCCCCCACCCCUGACCUGGCCUCUGACAUUAGAAUUAUUUAAAAAACAAAUUAGGUGGUAGAAUGGUAGGCUCAUCAGAGUGCUGGGUAUUUUUAUUAUAUGAAAUGUUAUUUAAAACCUUCUCUUCCUACGCUCUUUGUCCUCCAUCUCCUGCGGAUGGUGCGGCUGGCUUCGUGCCCGCUGUGCCCUCCUCUGCCCUCACCCACCGGGCGGCACUGACCGGAGGGACCCGACUCCCUCCUUCCCUCCGCUCUCCGGCUCAGCUUCUGCCCCUUCCCUGGAUUCUCAGUCCUGAGUCCUCAGCAUCUGAGAACUAAAUAGAUGAUAGCACUUUGGAGGGGUCCAGCCAAGUAGGG